AUGGGGUCAACUCCAGCACUUCCCCAAGACACUUUGGUGCGCGAGACCACCAGGCCAUACUUUUACCGAGAGGCUUAUCUUCCCGGCGCCACAGCCCAAAGUCAUGCCUCAAACCUGCUGUUACUCCCUAAUGGCGAUCUCCUCUGCGCCUGGUUCGGCGGCAGCAUGGAAGGCAAACCAGACAUCAGUAUCCACUUAUCACGUCUGAGAUCGGGCGAGCAGUCAUGGUCAGAAGCUAUUCGAAUGACCCACGACAAUACUCGUAGCGAACAAAACCCCGUGUUAUUUCGUACACCAGCCGGAGCUCUGUGGCUUCUAUACACGUCACAGCACGCUGGAAACCAAGACUCGGCAAUUGUGAAGCAUCGCGUUUCCAACGAUGAUGGAAUCACUUGGGGAAAAGAAGAAGUUCUAUUCCCAGACUCCGGUAUUUUCAUACGCCAACCAGUCAUCAUUCUGGAUGAUGGUGCAUGGGUGAUUCCCGUUUUCAAGUGCCGAGUAGAGCCAGGAGAGCGUUGGCUAGGAAAUAACGAUAUCUCCUGUAUCCGCGUCUCAAGGGAUGAGGGACAUACCUGGACAGAGUCAGUUAUCCCGGAAAGUACAGGCUGUGUUCAUAUGGAAAUUCAGCGCUUGAAAGACGGGUCCUAUCUUGGUUUGUUUCGAAGUCGAUGGGCGGACCACGUAUAUCUGGCCACAUCGCCCAAUGGUCUUUCAUGGAGCCCACCACAGGCUACCAUUCUUCCUAACCCCAAUGCGGGCAUCUGUUUUGACGUGCUACCCUCUGGGAGGGUUGUGCUAGUGUACAAUCAUUCAUCUAAGCUGGACGCCACUGGACGUCGACAGGGCCUAUACGACGACAUUGGAGAUGGCGCUGACGAUCGCCAAGAUCAGGGAUCUACACAAGAUGGCAGGGAAUCAUUUUGGGGAGCACCACGGGCACCCCUAUGCGUUGCCUGGAGCGAUGAUUCAGGGAAGACGUGGGAACAACGGGUGCUAGAAGAUGGUGAUGGGUAUUGUAUGACGAACAACAGCGAGAAAAAGCUGAAUCGCGAAUUGUCAUACCCGAGUAUGGUGCUUGGUGAAGGAAAGAUUCACAUCGCGUACACAUUCUGGAGACAAAGGAUCAAGUAUGUACAGCUUAAAGAUGAUUUCUUCUCUAUCUAG